AGCGCUCACAGUGUUCCCAGGCCAGGCCAGGGAAAUGACAUGCCAGCUUCAGCCUGUUUGUGGUUCCUGUGCCAGGGGCAGCUCAGUGUAGGGAGUGCCCUGGGGAGCCCCUGGGGGGGGGCAGGGAGCGGCUGGGGGGCUGCGGUGUAGAAGAGUGGGCCAGAUGGCUGAAGGAAGCUACCCCAACAGUCCUGGUUCCCUGCAAAGAGAAACUGGGGCUGGCCUGGAAGCCCAGAGCAGUGACAGUCACGGUGCCACCCUCGGUGCCACUGAUGGAAAUGCAGGUCGCAAUCUGAAGGAGUGGCUGCGGGAGCAGUUCUGUGACCACCCCCUUGAGCACUGUGAAGACAUGAGGCUGCACAACGCUGCCUAUGUCGGGGACCUGGAGACGCUCCGGAGCUUGCUGCAGGAGGAGAGCUUCCAAAGCCGAAUCAACGAGAAGUCCGUGUGGUGCUGCGGCUGGCUGCCCUGCACCCCACUGCGCAUCGCUGCCACCGCCGGCCAUGGCAACUGUGUGGAUUUCCUCCUCCAGAAAGGGGCGGAGAUUGACCUGGUGGAUGUGAAGGGGCAGACAGCCCUCUACGUUGCCGUGGUGAACGGGCACCUGGAAUGUGCCCAAAUCCUGCUGGAAGCUGGUGCAGACCCCAACGGGAGCCAUCACCAUCGCAGCACCCCUGUGUACCACACCUCCCGCGUGGGCAGGGCCGACAUCCUGAGAGAGCUGAUAAGGUAUGGCGCUGACGUGGACGUCAACCACCACUUGCCCUCACGGCUCCCCAGCCCCUCCUCUCGCCCGCUCACUUCCUUGGUGGUCUGCCCUCUGUACAUCAGCGCUGCCUAUCACAACCUCCAGUGCUUCAAGCUGCUGCUCCAGGCUGGAGCCAACCCCGAUUUUAACUGCUGCGGCCCUGUCAACAUCCAGGGCUUCUCCAGGGGCUCCCCGGUCUGCGUGAUGGAUGCUGUCUUGAGACACGGUUGCGAGCCAGCCUUUGUCAACCUUUUGAUUGACUUUGGAGCCAACUUGAACCUGGUGAAGGCAGAAGCCCUGGCUGCCGAUUCGACUGGAAGGGUCAAAGUCAACCCAGAAGCCUUGCAGGUGUUCAAAGAAGCCAGGAGCUGCCCCAGGAGCUUAUUGUCUUUGUGCCGUGUGGCCGUGCGGAGGAUACUUGGCAAAUACCAUCUGCAUCUGAUACAUGCUCUUCCAGUCCCAGACCCUAUCAAACAAUUUUUACUUCACAAACAGAGCUAGAAUGCAAUCAGCUGCUUUGGGGACAGUUUGCUGUAAGAAAUGAGUAAGCUGAUGAAAACAGGUGCCAAUCGCCCCCUCCCCACAGUGCUGUUUUGAACGAUAUAUCCUGUGUUAUUUGCAUAAGGUUAUUUGUUAUGACACUACCUCUGUUGCUGUUACUUGUAACUUGUCUUGGGUUUUAGCAACACUACUGUAUGCUGAACCUGUACAUACUCAAGCGAUGGGCUUUUAUCUGCCUAUUAUAUGCAAAAGGCAGUCCCUGAGCUCAUCAGUAAUGGGCGUGUACAACAGUACUGUUCCAUUAUCUUCUCAUGCUUCAGCUGUCCUUACUUCGACCUUGCUCCCUUGAGGAGCUGACAAUUGCUAUUGUGCAUAUGGCAAGUUGAUGUGUUUUGACUUGCUGUGUGUCUCAUUCUGGGGUGAAUGCAUUGGGUUUCUUGUCUGGUGCCGUGUGUUCGCUGGAGAAUAUGAAAUUGCUUGUGUGUGCCUAGCUGUUGCAAGGUAGCAGCAGAGUCCCAAGCCAGAUCACUUGGUUUUUGUUAUUUAGAAAUCCCAAGAUGGGACUACUAAAAGGCUAGGAGAUAGCCAACCGGUCUGAGCAACUGCAGGUGUCCUCAAAACACUCUCAGAUGUGAUAUGGUGUCCUGACAUACCUGCUACCAAAAAUAUAUAGGUCUGGGUGGGCUACCAGAAAAAUAGGUCUCCAAUUACAUGAAUGCCUGGGAUUGGACCAGCUAUAGCAAUCACUGCCAUGGCAUGAAGGGGAAAACCCAUAAGAGAGAAGAAAAGCAUGUGGUUUCUCAAUGGGACUGUGGAGAAGGCACAUAACACUCACCAUGGCAGCGUGGUUUAGCAGGCAGCCCACUCAGCUACAAGUUGUGGAGGCGUCAGUCUGAGAUUGUGCUCAGAUGCUCUGUCCCACUCCUUCGUGAACGUGGUGCGUCUCAGCCUUCUCAUGAGGCAUUAAGCUAACGUUUCUAAUGUCCGUGAGCCCCCGGAAAACUCCCAUGGCACUUCUCAAAAAGACAAUGUUCUGAUGAACAGCUCCAUGCACAGUGAUGCUGGUUGAAACACCCAAGGACGAACGGGAGCUAUUGUUCGGUGAAUGACUUGGUAAAUGUAUCUGUAGUGUCCCUACGCUACUGGUAAUUAACUCCAUGCUUGUAAAUUGCUGGGGGGUUACUCCAUUCAAGAAACUCCACCAAACCAAAUACUAGUCUGCUUUCAUUGCUUAGAAACAUGCCGCCCCCACUAAAAUGUUAUCAGUGUUCCAACAGCCAGGUAGGCAGUUAUCGAUGGGGAGGCGUCGGCAGUUUGCAAAGCAUGGCACACGCAUAUAGACAUUACUACCACCCUUCCCUGCCCAUCCUAUGUUGGCAUCAUUGUCAGAUAGAAUGUUCCCCAAUCAUCAGGUGUUUCCUACUUCUGCUGUGGACAGAACAAUUUCUUGGGGUGUCCGUGUGACUGAGCUGCUUGGUUUUAUCUUGAAUAAAGACUGACUAACACUGCACCCAAUGGAAGAAUGCUGGGCAGCUCUGCCAAGGCGCCCUUUGUUUCUAGUGUCUCCAUUAAUUUUUAUUAUGUGGCAGUAAUGACUAAUGGGCUCCAAUCACAAAUUGGGGCCACAUUCUACUAGGCGCAAUACAAUCCGUACAAGAGACUCCCAGUCCCAAGGAGAGCACCUAGAGUGCUUUCCUCUCCUAUGCUUUGUGUAGGGAUGUUUUAAAAACAGAUAGGAGGGCUCUGUCCCACUGAGCCCCGCAGUAUGUGCUCUGCGGUGCUCCUAGCAGUGGAGUGUCAAGGUUUGCCAUGAGGUGGCCCCACAGCUGGGGAGAAGUUCCCCCUCCCUUUUACUCAUUUGUUUAGCUGUUGAUUUCUAUACACUAUAUUUAUGUAUAUGCUUUGGGUGAGAUGCUGUGCUGAACCUCUGAGGGUGCAGCACCAAACUGCAGCCCAAAGGGAGGGGAAGCUGUAGUCGCUUUUGUGCCCUCCCAAUCCUGGGCCGUUGCAGGGGCUGCGGGAGGCCCCCUGUGUCAUGUAGUCAGUCCCAGGAGCCUAAAUUACAGCAAUCUCUCGCAAAAAGAAAAGGAGGACUUGUGGCACCUUAGAGACUAACCAAUUUAUUUGAGCAUAAGCUUUCGUGAGCUACAGCUCACUUCAUCGGAUGCAACUCUCGGGGCUCCAGCAUUAUACUGGGAAUUGUCUGGAAACUGGGUUUCGAGCCAUCCCUCGCAACACCUCCCAGCCCCACCCUCUGCACACCCACUACACCAGGUGUUUUGAGGGGUUCUUGAAAUGCAGCCUUGAGGCUGUCUUCUGCAGUGCCUGUGCUAGAGAAAGCCGCCCCUGGGUGGUUACCAUGCUUUUACUCUGAUCCAGCCCUUUUACCCAGUGUGAAGCGGCUGAGGAGACCAUUCUUUGUCUUGAGUGGCUGCAGUUCAGCAGUUGUGGAGAGUUGGCUGAGGAGUGUGAAAGACAGAGAGAGGCAGAGGUCUUGGUGCUAAUUUAAAUAACGUUCCUUCUCCAUAGCUAGUCCAGUUAAUUGAUGCAGAUCAGUUGCUCAACUCUUACUCGCUGCCACUUCUCAUCAACCAGGAUCUAGAAUCGUAGGACUGGAAGGGACCUCGAGAGGUCGUCUCGUCCAGUCCCUUGCACUCGUGGCAGGACUGAAUGUUAUCUAGACCAGGGGUUCUCAACAUUUUUCGCUCUGAGGACCCCCAACAUGCUUUUAAAACUCCACGGACCAUCUCUGCCACACCAACUGGUUUUCUGCCUAUAAAAGCCAGGGCCAGUGUUAGGGGGUAGCAAGCAGGGCAAUUACCCGGGGUCCCAAACCACAGGGGGCCUGGUAAAGCUAAGUUACUCAGGCUUUAGCUUCAGCCCUGGGCUUGAGCCCCAUGCAGUGGGACUUCAGCUUUCUGCCCUGGGCCCCAGCAAAUCUAAUGCCAGCCCAGCUUGGCGGCCCCUCCAAGGAGCCCCGGACACCUGGUUGAGAACCACUGAUCUAGACCAUCCCUGACAGGUGUUUGUCCAACCUGCUCUUAAAAAUCUCCAAUGGUGGAGAUUCCACAACCUCCCUAGACAAUUUAUUCCCAUGCUUAACACCCUGACAGUUAGGAAGUUUUUCCUAAUGUCCAACCUAAACCGCCCUUGCUGCAAUUUAAGCCCAUUCCUUCCUGUCCUAUCCUCAGCAGUUAAGAACAACAAUUUUUCUCCCUCCUCCUCAUAAUAACCUUUUAUGUACUUGAAAACUGUUCUCAUGUCCCCUCUCAGUCUUCUCUUCUCCAAACCCAUUUUUUUCAAUCUUCCCUCACAGCUCAUGCUUUCUAGACCUUUAAUCAUUUCUGUUGCUCUUCUCUGGAGUUUCUCUGGAAUUUGUUUGCAUCUUUCCUGAAAUGUGGUGCCCAGAACUGGAUACAGUUGAGGCCUUAUCAGCAUGGAGUAGAGCAGAAGAAUUACUUCUCAUGUCUUGCUUACAACACUCCUGCUAAUACGUCCCAGAAUGUUGUUUUCUUUUUUUGCAACAGUGUUAACACUGUUGACUCAUAUUUAGGGUGUGAUCCACUAUGACUAAGGCUAUGAUUUAGUCACCGGUAUUUUUAGUAAAAGUCACAGACAGGUCACGUGCAAUAAACAAAAAAUCAUGGCCAGUGACCUGCCUGUGACUUUUACUAAAAAUACCGGUGACUAAAUCUUAGGUUCUGGGGGCGGAGGGGUGGGGUAGGGUCCUCCAGAAGACACUGCUGCUGGGGUGUGUGUGCUCCAGCGGUCACUGAUGCUCCUGGGGUGGGGUGCUAUCGCUGCUCUGGGGCAGCGCCCAGGACCAGUAGCCUGGGGCCACUGGAGCAGCAGCCAGUGUGGCUGGCCACGGGGCCACCCCAGCUGCUCAGCCAGCCCUGGGGUCAGCCGCUGCAGCUGCAGAAGUCACGUGACUUUCCGUGACCUCUGUGAAAGACUUGCAGCCUUAACUAUGACCACCAGAUCCCUUUCCGCAGCACUCUUUCCUAAGCAGUCGUUUCCCAUUUUGUAUGUGUGCCACUGAUUGUUCCUUCCUAAAUGCUGUACUUUGCAUUUGUCCUUAUGAAUUUCAUCCUAUGAAUGUUUGUGUUCAAAUUUGGUAAGCAAUGCUGGAUAUUCUUACUUUGUAUUAACGGCUCUGCAUUAAUGGUUCAUUCUGGUGAGAAGGUAGAUUAGAAGAAAGGGGAGCAAUGGACAGAGAGUCCUCAGUGGUCCUUAUCAUUGGCCUUUUGAUUUCAGAUUAGCAGCCAUGCAGUCUGGCCUAAGGCGGCAGUAGAUGGCAAGUAUAUAAAGAUGGGUCCUGCAUUGCCUCUGCUCGCUGUUUCAUUGCAAACAAAUAUCUGAGUAUGUGAGAUGAAAAGGAAAAACAAAUUUCUGCUGAUUAGGUUUUGCUGAAUUUUGGGUGGCUUUAGUGAUGAGUAGGUCCUCAGACACCAGUGCGAUGGGUGUUUUAAAAACCAUAGAUAGGGAGGGAGGAAAUGAGGGAAAGUGGAUGGAUAGACAGACACAUACUUUUGGAAAGUUAGAGCAGUGACAACCUGUAUUGUAGAGUCUUUAGGUUCUUUAGGCUCCACCCCUUGGAGGCCUCCCCAGCAGAUUAGCAGAUCCCACUAGAAUGCUGGGAAUGGGUGACAGAGGAUGGAUCACUUGAUGAUUACAUGUUCUGUUCAUUCCCUCUGGGGCACUUGGCAUUGGCCACUGUCUAGGGUGACCAGAUGUCCCGAUUUUAUAGGGACAGUCCUGAUUUUGGGUUUUUUUCUUAUAUAGGCUCCUAUUACCCCCCACCCACAUCUGGAUUUUUUACAUUUGCUGUCUGGUCACCCUACCACUGUCGGAGGACAAGUUACUGGGCUAGACGGACCUUGGUCUGACCCAGUGUGGCCGUUCUUAUGUAGAAUCCUAUGUGCAUCUUUAGGCACUUAGAUACCUUUAAAAACCUGGCCCAAAGGAGAUGUUGGAAGAAGGGUCUGAGAUGGAACAUCAUUAUGAUAUAGAAAGAACAAAACCUCAAAACAGCCCUAAAUUCAACUGUGAUGUAACUUUGUAGAGCUGAGCUAGGGUUGAAUUUGGCCCAUGACUGAAACGAUUGGAUAGCUAAGAUGGUUGAUGGCUGGAUGUAUGAUCAAAUUCAGCAAUUGAAGUUACUUGUUGUGGAGUGUGAUUAAAUCUGAGCCCAGUGUGCCUUGACAGCAUAAUUAGUGCUAAGACUUAUAGCCCUUCUAAGUCAUACAGCACCAUGUUAUUGUAUUUCAUUAUUUCCUUCCUAACAGGUCAGUAGUUGAGCCAUUGACCAGUGUGUACUCAGCUAAGACAGUCACAUACAUGUCUGUGAGCAACCCACUAAAGGUGCACUACUAGCUGAUACAAUUUUAACCAUAUAAACCCUCACAUCUACCCUCUCCUCAGAAACAUUACUCCUGUCCAUAAAAACAAUACAUCAAGCAGUGUCCUCCUCCCAUACAAUAUUUAUGUGUAAGGGCCAAUAGGAUAGUCAGGGUGUGCAAGACACAUUGGCCCCACCUUGUUUACAAAAUUCUAUUUAUAUCUAUCGUAAGUGGUUUCUCUCCCUGGUAUCUUCACCUACCUGUUCUGACUGCUAAAAAGGAUAACCUGGAUUAUGGGUGAGAUGUGAUCAAAUCUUACCUGUAUUUCUCUCUCUAAAGAAAGUCUGAACUUGAGGGCCCUGAUGCCUCAAACACUUGGGUCUAUGCUUAAUUUGAUGCAUGAGUAGUUCCAUUGAAACCAAACAUGUUUAAAGUUAACCAGGUGUUUGGAGGAUCAAAACUAUAAUGUGCAGGAGGCAUUUCUGGCUUGGGUAGCUGAAGGUGCCCAAUUCCCAUUGGAAGUCAGAGACUCUUGCCUCUCUGAAAAUGCCAACCAUUCUCAUCUUUCCUCGUGGAGAGACAGCCAGAUAAGAGCUGAAGUCAAUGGGACUUCUCAUGUUCAGAAUGUUAAGCACAAGUGUGUUUGCAGGAUAGGUGCCAAAGUGGUUUCCUGUGGAGGUUUGCUACCAUGGGCGCCAAACCUUGCUUAAAAGGGCAAAGUUAAGCAUACAUAUAUCCUGAAAUUUUUAGAGGAAACUGUUGAGUUGUGAAUUGAAAAAGUGACUUCCAGGGGUCAAUGAUAUUCUCAGCCUGUGGCUUCAGGCAUUAGAUCUAGCUGCUGACUUUUUUUUUUCAACCAAAGGAACGAUAAUUUUCCACUAUGAAAUCUGAGUAAUAACAUUUAUAAACUAUGCUCCCAUUUACUCAAAACUUUAUUGUCCAAACCUCUGCAUUAUCCAAAUCCCUUCCUUUCUCCCCUGCAUGAGAUACAUGCUGCAGAGGGUGUGUAUCUCAUGCUGGGAGGUAAGGAAUGGGUUUGGAUAAUAGAACAGAACCUCCUGGCCAGGACGGCGAGGAGGAGGAUGAGUGUUGGCCACUGAGAAGGCCACCCCCUGCUGAAUUGCUCCGGCCUUCUGGAUUAUCCGAGCUCCCAAUUACCCAAGUAAAAUCUGUGUGCCCGUGCUAUUUGGCUAAUUGGGAGUGAGCUGUAUAUUGUAUAGCUGUAGUACAAUAUAUUUCUAUAUAACUAUAUAUAGAGAGAGAUUUUCGCCUUAACUCAUAUUUCACUAUUUUCUCAUAAGUAGAAAAAUACCUCUUUUGCAAAGGCAUUUGUUCCAUAGAGUCCUACAGUAAUGGCUGAAUAGCAUGAAUAACUCAUAACAAACAUGUAUCUUCUGCCCCAGCCAGAAAUCAUUCUAGGUGGGAAAUCAAACAGCCCGACAGUGUAUAUUGCAUAUAUAGACGCAUGCAUAUUAUGUAUCAAUUAGUGUGUGGCCUUGCUAGGAAUGCAGCUUGUGAUAUGGUAAUGAGAUUGGAAAAUUGGCUAAUGAACCUAGACACAUUUUGAACAAUCACAGCCAUUAAAGAAAGAGAAUUAUUUCA